AUGGCUUUUCGUAAUUUAACACGUGGUUUAUUUCAACUUGCUAACAAUCGACGAUUAUAUUCAUCGAUUUCACAACAAAUUUUUCUUCGAAAACCAAUUGUUAAUCAACAACGAUUCAUACCAUUUCGUUCAUUUGCAUCAUUACAAACAAAUGAUGAUGCUUAUAAAGAUUUAAAUAAAUUUCUUGAGAAAGAAAUUCAAUUAGAAAAAACCGCACAAAAACAUCCAAGUAAAUUACCAAAAAUUCAAGACUUCGAGGUUCAAAGCAAUGGUCCUGAAGUAGUAUUAACUCGUCAAUCGGGCAAUGAAAAAGUUACUGUUACAUUUAAUGUAACAAAUACAGUAAACACAAGUGACUCUGAACAAGAAGCAGAGUUAGAUGCAGCAGGACAACCACAAGCAAGUGGUGAUGCAGCUCAACCAUCCGCUCAAUUAAAAUCACGACCAACAUUUACUGUUGAUAUUAAUCGUGGUGGACAAACAUUAUCAUUUAUAUGCUCUUAUUUACCAUAUGAUUAUCCAAGUGCACCAGAACAUCAACAACAAGGAGAAGAUGAUGGUAAAAAUGAACAAUUAGAAGAUUUUCAAAUCGAUGAAUUUGCUAUUCAUGAUGGAGAAUGGAAUGAAAAGGUUUACAGCGCUGAUUGUGCUGUUAUUGAUGGAGAACUUUAUGAUAAAUUACUUAAUAUACUUGAAGAACAUGGUAUUGGAGAAGAAUUUGCUAAUCAAUUGAUAGAUCAUUCUACCGCUUAUGAACAUCGUCAAUACAUUGGUUUACUUGAAAAAUUACAACAAUUUUCCAAAAAAUAG